UUCAUAGAUACGUGCUUCUUUUUUACUGAAGGAGUCUUGUCACGCUGAGAGAAUAUUUCUGCAUGGCCAGGCGACACAGAUAUAUAGUGGGAUGCAGGAUCCUUUUGGUCCUGGUCAUCCCGUCGAUGUACUUCCUCUGCAUCAGCAUCUCACGUCUAAUUGCCACCGAAUCGGGUCCGCAGAAUCACGACGAGUUAGGAUCACGAAAGCUGCUCUGGUUGGAGAGCCCGGAUCCUCUACUUGGAACUGCCAACUGCUCAGCACCGGCUAUUCAAGAAUUUCCACCAGAUGGUUUCACGCGGGAACAACGCCAGCACGGAUUCAUCGCCGUUCAUUUCGCCAUAGCUUCGUACCUCUUUCUCCUCCUCGCCAUCGUCUGCGACGACUUCUUCGUACCAUCGAUCAAAAUGAUAUGCGACAAAUUGGGCAUGACCGAGGACGUCGCGGGGGCGACUUUCAUGGCCGCGGCUACCUCUAGUCCUGAAUUGUUCAUCAACAUAGUGGGGACCUUCAUCACGGAAGGAGAUCUCGGGGUUGGGACGAUCGUCGGGUCUGCGGUCUUCAACAUCCUUGCUGUACCCGCCUGUUGCGGGCUGUUUGCAACCCAGGUUUUAAGGCUAGACUGGUGGCCAAUAAGCCGCGACUCAUUGGCAUACGCAGUCACCGUUGUGCUUCUCAUCCUGACCCUUCGAGACGGUCGCAUUGAGUGGUACGAGGCUCUGAUUCUCGUUAUCUUCUACCUUGUGUACAUUUGCGCCAUGAUAUUCAACCGCCGACUUGGCGGAUUUAUGAAGGGAUUAUGUAGGCGGAAAACAAUGUUUAAAAAUUUAUCAGAGGAAAGUCCGCUCCUUGUAACAGAAAAAGCGAAGAGCAGCUCUUUAAUUUACAACAUGGAUGACGAUACGGAAGAGGACGAGAUAGUGAAUCUGACGCAAUGGCCCGAGGCUGGAUGGGAGAAGGUUUGGUGGUUCCUGACGUGGCCCAUCAACUUGAUGCUCUUAAUUACGGUUCCUGAUUGCAGGCGGCCUUCCUUAAAGACUUGGUACCCGUUCACCUUCGCGAUGUGCAUUGUGUGGAUCGCUUCUAUGUCCUACAUUGUGUCGUGGCUUAUAACUAUUAUUGGUGAUACUCUACACAUUCCCGAUUCGGUAAUGGGGUUGACAUUCUUAGCUGCAGGAAUGAGCGUACCUGAAGCUGUGUCAAGUGUGAUCGUGACCAAUCAAGGUCACGGAUCUAUGGGGAUAAGCAAUUCGAUAGGAUCUAACAUCUUUGACGUACUUCUCUGCCUUGGCCUGCCCUGGUUUGUAAAAGCGGCCUUCUUGCCCCAGUUCCCCGGCGAGUACUUUGUGAAAAUAAACUCUGAGGGACUCAUCUAUAGUUCCGUCUCUCUUCUCUCAACGCUAGUAAUAUUGUACGGUGCUUUUAUAUGCAAUAAGUUUAAGCUCGAUAGUAAGGUUGGCAUUUACUGCCUCGUCAUGUAUGCUGCAUUUCUGAUCCUUGCAUCUCUAAUCGAACUCAACAUCUUCUUCCCCGUUAAUUUACCCACGUGUAUUCACUGACCCAUGCACCACUUAUGUAUAAAAAUACUCAAAUUUUAUUUCUCAGAAUAUUAUGGCUUGAUAUAUUAAUGCUUGUUGUGCCGUCUCAUAAAGUUAUAUAUUUUGCAUCUUACAAAGACAAUUAUACAUUACCACGCGAUUCCUAUAAAAUUUAUUUCACGUUCCCCGAUCUAGUAUUACAACCUAAACUUAAAAGUAGUGAUAUAUUAGAUGAUAUUAAUAAUUAUUUAACG